CUCCUCCCGGCAGCGGAACGUUGGCGGCGGGGCGGUGGCGGAGCUGCGCACCGGAAUGGCGCCGGACGGCUUUUCCGGGGGCACCGAAGCCGGCCCGGGCCGAACCCUGGGUAGCUAGGCCAGCUCCACUUUAGGGUCAUCCUUAAUGUCAUACAAAGAUUUGGUGAAGGGCUGGCAUGAAGCUGUCCAGGCUUUGGAUAGGAAGGACUGGGAUUUGGCCUUGGAACUAUUCUCCAGAAUUGAAGAGCCUUCUUCCAAGAUCUGCUUCAACGUGGCCUGUGUGUACCUGCUAACUGGGAAUCCAGAGGCAGCCCUGCAGGCAUUGAAUCAAACAGUGACUAAGGACUCUUGUCUGGCUGUUGGAUUCUUCCUGAGAGGAGCGGUUCACUUUCAACUAGAAAGAUUCCCAGAAGCUCUUUCUGAUUGUGUCCAGGCCUUGGUCAACCUGAGAAACAAUACCUUCAUUGACUAUAAGCAACUGGGUCUUCGGUACAAAUUACAAGCUUGGGAGGUGUUGUACAACAUGGCGGCUGUGCAGUGCCAGCUAGGACUUUGGGAAGAAGCCACCAAAAGCUUAGAAAAGGCCAUCUCCAAGAGACCAGAGGGGAGUUCAUCCACUCUAGAGGCUGCCUUGGACCGGAUGCAGAAACGAAUCUUUCUGGACCUUCUGCAAUUUCCCAAGAGUGAGAUCUUUCGUCCCCGGAAGAAGGAUGUAGAGCAGCUAAAUUCCAUGGACUUCCUGGGGAAGCCCAAGGUCAUUUCAUCUGUUAAUCCUAAUGACAAGUACGUUGGUUUUGAGCCUCUGAGGCCACAGAGAAUCCACCAGCCAGUCUCCCUGAUGGAGCCUGUCAAUCCCCUGAAAGUGGACAAACUGGAAGGUCACAAUGGAAUCCCAUGUUCACCCACAAAGGGACCUCCUAAAAGGCCCCAUUUAAACCAAGCUGGGGAACCAGUUUCUCCACUUCAAGGGCUCCCUCCUCCUGAAGGGAUCAGCCUGGGCUCCACAGCAUGUCCUGAAACAUCGGUCCCAACAGCUCAGGGAGACGUGUCCAGCAGCCCAGACACAUCUGUCAACCUCAGUGUGCAUUGUACUUUCACUGUGACCCUGGAGGUGAGAAGGGGAGCAUCUGUGCCUAUCCUCAGAGCCCUGCUGAGAGACAAGCUCCUGCAGCAAUUAGAAGGUGCACAGCUCAGUUACAGCCACCAGGACAGUGGGAGGUCCAUUACAAUUUCUGGGGAAGAAGCAUGUAAAAAGAUGUGGCAGGAAGCAGCAGCAGAAAGAAGACUGAGACUCCAGUGCCAGGGAACAAAAUGCUGUGGAGGCCAACCUGUGCUGUAUCAAAUGGUUGCUCAGUACAGUUAUUCCGCAGAGGGACCUGAAGACCUAGAGUUCCAGAAAGGGGAUACCCUGGACAUUCUCUCCGAAGUGAAUGAUGAGUGGCUGGAGGGCCAUUGCUCAGGUCACAUUGGCAUUUUCCCCAAGUGUUUUGCUCAGUUGGCCAGUGUGGCCAAAGAAGAGACUCCAGCGGAGCCACCCAUGCCUUACAGCUUCUGAAAUACUCCCCAGGAGAACCAGGACCAGGGAGUGCAUAAGGACCAGGCUCUUUGCCAUCACUGGAGUUGCCAUUCCCACAGCCAGAGAGUACCCCAGGAGUCCCAUCUACGUGAAAAUUCCCCCACCAAAAGACUCCCACUUACUUUUUUUAAAAUUUCUGCACUUUAAGUUUCAAUAACUCAAAACUGCACCAAGACACUUGGGACACCCUGCACACUCAACCACAACAACAUUAAACAACCCAUUAUGUGA